AUGUCACCGUCUCACGACGGUAGCUCGGGACACCGGGCUGCACGGGAGCUUGUGGCGGCUGCUUUAGACAGACUGAUCUCUAAAGCAUCUUCUGAGACGGAGACAGACAAGACUGCGAAGACUCCGGAAGCUGUCGGCUUCUGUGACACCUGUAACGUUGUGUAUGCUAUCAAUGAACAGACGGCCCACUACAGACAGAAGAAGCAUGCCUUGGCAGUGCUCAAUGAAGAGGCGUUUGAAGAGCUUGUACAAGCAUAUAUCGGUGAGGAGCCAAAAUCGGAGACACCAAGCGAAGCGAGUGACGAUGUGGCAUUUGUUGACGAGACAGAAGCUGUCAACACAUACACUUGUCUCAUAUGCGCGCUCGAAGUCCCUCGUGUGUUCCGAGCCGAGCACGAGCGCAGCUCGCGGCACCGCGCGAGCCGAACGUUCGCGCUCGCCGCCGCUCGCCGCGCUCGCGACACGUUCGCGAACGCAGAUAGACGUGAUGGAAACAAGUUUAGUGGCAAAAUGAUGCGGAAACUGCUAAAAGCAUAUACUGGGGAAGUUGAAAGUACUGAAAAUAUAGAAGAACCGGAACCGACCAACCCAGAGCCGGACUCAAUGAAACCCGAGCCUAACAACCCAGAACCGGAUUCAAUUAAACCCGAACCAAAAUUGACACCCAAACAAUACUUCACAGACAUCCUCCCUAACCUGCCCUACAUUAGCACCUUUAACACCUUAUACAUGGACGAUACUGAACUUACUUUGCGAUGGGUUUUCGACGGUGUACUAUCCUUCGACGGGACAACAAGAUAA